GGUUGGUGUUUCUCCAGAAGUUUCCCCUUGGGCGGCGGCGGUCCUGAUAACCGCGGUAGUAGCAGCUCGGACAGCAGCGACAGUGACUGUUUAGGGAUGGCGGCGGCCACAGCAGGACCUGCAACUGCUCAGCGGUUUUUCCAGUGCUUCUCAGAUGCUUUGAUUGAAGAGGACCCCCAGGCGGCGUUAGAGGAGCUGACUAAGGCUUUGGAACAGAAACCAGAUGAUGCACAAUAUUAUUGUCAAAGAGCUUAUUGUCAUAUUCUCCUUGGAAAUUACUGUGAUGCUGUUGCUGAUCCAAAUAAUUCCACUGCUAUAAUGAGAAAAGGGAUAUGUGAAUACCAUGAAAAAAACUAUGCUGCUGCUCUAGAAACUUUUAUGGAAGGACAGAAAUUAGAUAGUGCAGGUGCUAAUUUCGUUGCCUGGAUUAAAAGGUGUCAAGAAGCUCUGAAUGGGUCAGAAUCUGAGGUGUCUGCAUCCCAGCGGACUCAAUCAAAAAUCAAGUAUGAUUGGUAUCAAACAGAAUCUCAAGUAAUCAUUACACUUAUGAUCAAGAAUGUUCAAAAGAAUGAUGUAAAUGUGGAAUUUUCAGAAAAAGAGUUGUCUGCUUUGGUGAAACUUCCUUCUGGAGAAGAUUACAAUUUGAAACUGAGAUUGCUUCAUCCUAUAAUACCAGAACAAAGUACGUUUAAAGUACUUUCAACAAAGAUUGAAAUUAAAAUGAAAAAGCCAGAGGCUGUGAGAUGGGAAAAGCUAGAGGGGCAAGGAGAUGUCCCUACAUCAAAACAGUUCAUAGCAGAUGUAAAGAACCUAUAUCCAUCUUCAUCUCAUUAUACAAGAAAUUGGGAUAAAUUGGUUGGUGAGAUCAAAGAAGAAGAAAAGAAUGAGAAGUUGGAGGGAGAUGCAGCUUUAAACAAACUGUUUCAACAAAUCUAUUCAGAUGGUUCUGAUGAAGUGAAACGUGCCAUGAACAAAUCAUUUAUGGAGUCUGGUGGUACAGUUUUGAGUACCAACUGGUCUGAUGUAGGUAAAAGGAAAGUUGAAAUCAAUCCUCCUGAUGAUAUGGAAUGGAAAAAGUACUAAAUAAAUUAAUUUG